CAACCACAGACCUCACUAUCUCUGUCUGUAAAUAAUAUCCAAACUCCCUUUCUCUCCCUCCACACAUACAUACUCUUAUCUCUUCCCCUCACAUGGCUGGUGUGGUGGAAACCAUUACAAUCCCACGCGCCUCCUCUGUACUCCACUCGCCGUCACUGGCUCCAGUAACAUGUUCUUCUUUCUCCGGUCCUCUUCGUUCAUCAGUUAGAUUCUCUCAAUUCAGUGGCCUUAAGAUCCAACCAACUCCCUCAUCCCUAUCUGUUACUUCAUCCUCUAAAAUCAUUCCACGUGGCAGACGAAUCGUUUCCGAAGCUCAAAAUACCGCCCUUGAAGUUGGUGCUGUUAAUGAUAAAACAUGGAAGUCACUUGUAGUUGAGUCUGAUGUACCUGUUCUGGUUGAAUUUUGGGCUCCCUGGUGUGGUCCGUGCCGAAUGAUCCACCCCGUCGUUGAUGAACUAGCAAAGGAAUAUGCUGGCAAGCUUAAAUUCUACAAGCUGAACACAGAUGAAAGUCCAUCGACAGCAACCGAAUUUGGAAUCCGAAGCAUCCCAACUGUGAUGAUAUUCAAGAAUGGAGAGAAGAAAGAUGCAGUCAUUGGUGCAGUUCCUAAAUCAACGCUAACCACCUGCAUAGAAAAAUUCUUGUAAAAUGAUGCAUAUAUAGAUAUAUUUAAUGGGAAUUUACUCAUAUAUUCCCUUUUAGCCUCUCGUGCGGCAAUUAAUUAUGUAAACCUGAAAUGCUCCUGUAUAGUUGGGUUGCAUUAUGUUUCCCCUUACUUCAGUGUUAUGUUGAUUGUUGGUAGUUGAAUAUUUCUCAUGCUUAGAAAUUCAGUCGCGUCUAUAAAUGCUUUAAGAAAGCAUCAUCCUAGGCAUGUUUUGAGUGAAACUUGCAUAUUUCUUCUCUUGUUCGGUUCCCGUAGCAUCAAAACUAUCAAGGCAAAGAGCAGCUUCUAUGUUUAUCAGUUCUCAGUA